GCAAAAUAUAAGAAUCGUAUAGAAAACAAUCACUUGUCAAAUUUUAAUUAUUUCUUAUCAUGUACUAUAGCUUUACAUGGCUUCUCAACCUCCCUUUAAGACAAAUUUCUGCUCGAUUUUCGGAAGCUCAUUUCCAAAUUCAACUAGUGAGAGCAAUACAAACACAUCAACUAUCCAAACCUCAGGCAUAAAGCUUCCUGUGAUCGAUCUCAGCCAUCUAACUAGUGGUGAGGAGGUCAAACGCAAAAGAUGUGUGAAACAAAUGGUUGCAGCUGCGAAAGAGUGGGGAUUUUUUCAAAUUGUGAACCAUGGAAUUCCCAAAGACGUCUUUGAGAUGAUGCUCCUCGAAGAGAAGAAACUCUUUGACCAACCUUUUUCUGUGAAAGUCAGAGAACGUUUUUCGGACUUAUCGAAGAAUAGUUACCGUUGGGGAAACCCUAGCGCCACUUCUCCCGCUCAGUACUCCGUUUCGGAAGCGUUUCACAUCAUUCUUUCAGAGGUUUCAAGGAUUUCUGAUGAUCGCAACAACCUCAGAACAAUCGUUGAAACGUAUGUGCAAGAGAUAGCUCGAGUGGCACAAAUGAUAUGUGAAAUACUGGGGAAACAAGUGAACGUGAGUUCGGAGUAUUUCGAAAACAUUUUUGAGCUUGAAAACAGUUUUCUAAGGCUCAAUAAGUACCAUCCUAGUGUUUUUGGUUCUGAAGUGUUUGGUUUGGUUCCUCAUACCGAUACAAGUUUUCUCACUAUACUCUCUCAAGAUCAAAUCGGAGGGUUAGAAUUGGAAAAUAAUGGACAAUGGAUCAGCGUAAAACCUUGCUUGGAAGCCCUUACAGUCAACAUUGGGGAUAUGUUUCAGGCACUGAGUAAUGGAGUGUACCAAAGCGUGAGACAUAGAGUGAUUUCUCCAGCAAAUAUCGAGAGGAUGUCAAUAGCUUUCUUCGUAUGUCCUUAUCUCGAAACUGAGAUCGAUUGCUUUGGGUAUCCAAAGAAGUAUAGAAGAUUCAGUUUCAGAGAGUACAAAGAGCAGAGUGAACAUGAUGUUAAAGAAACUGGUGAUAAGGUAGGCUUGUCCAGGUUUCUCAUUUGAUCCAUCUCUUUGAACUUUGACCUUUAGUGGAGAGGUCAAAACUAAUGUUGUCUUAUUUUGGCAAUUCCUCAAACUCAAUUUAACACCUAUGUUUAAGGCAAGGUCUAAUAAAAAUCGAU